CAGAUUGUUGCUAUGGCCUGUAUCAAUCUCGCAUCCAAAAUCGAAGAGGCACCUCGUCGUAUAAGGGAUGUGAUCAACGUGUUUCAUCACUUACGUCAGUUAAGAGCAAAAAGGACUCCAAGCCCCCUGAUACUUGAUCAGAACUACAUAAACACCAAAAACCAAGUAAUCAAAGCAGAAAGGAGGGUACUGAAGGAGUUGGGAUUUUGUGUUCAUGUCAAGCAUCCACAUAAGAUCAUUGUUAUGUAUUUACAAGUCUUAGAAUGUGAACGUAAUCAAACCCUGGUUCAGACAGCCUGGAAUUACAUGAAUGACAGCCUUCGAACAAAUGUGUUUGUUCGCUUUCAGCCAGAGACUAUAGCGUGUGCUUGCAUUUAUCUCGCUGCUAGAGCUCUGCAGAUUCCACUACCUACCCGUCCUCACUGGUUCUUGCUCUUUGGCACCACGGAAGAGGAGAUUCAGGAGAUAUGCUUAACAACUCUUAAGCUUUAUACCAGGAAGAAGCCCAAUUAUGAAUUCCUGGAUAAAGAAGUAGAAAAGAGGAAAAUGGCACUACAGGAAGCUAAACUGAAGGCCAAAGGUUUAAAUCCGGAUGGAACUCCAGCGCUCUCAACACUGGGUGGCUUUUCUCCUGCGUCCAAACCAUCUUCCCCAAGAGAAGUGAAAACUGAAGAGAAGACUCCAGUGUCUGUGAAUACCAAAACCAUUAAAAAAGAGCCAGAAGAGAGGCAGCAAGUUUCCAAGAGCCCUUACAACGGCAUGAGAAAAGAAAGCAAGAGAAGCAGAAGCAGCAGAAGCGGUAGUCGAUCCAGGUCACGAACAAAGUCACGGUCUCGAUCCCACACGCCCAGGCGGCAUUACAAUAACAGGCGGAGCCUGUCCGGGACGUACAGCUCGAGGUCGCGGAGCAGGUCCCGCAGCCACAGCGGCAGCCCUCGCCGACACCACAACCACGGCUCCCCGCACCUGAAGGCCAAGCACAGCCGGGAGGAGCUGAAGAGCACCAAUAGACACGGUCACAAAAGGAAAAAAUCCCGCUCCCGUUCCCAGAGCAAAUCCAGGGAUCAUUCCGAGGCUGCCAAGAAGCACCGGCACGAGCGGGGCCACCACCGAGACCGGCGCGAGCGGUCCCGCUCCUUCGAGAGGUCGCACAAAGGCAAACACCACGGCAGCGGUCGCUCGGGGCACGGCCGGCACCGGCGCUGA